GGGAUUGUUUAUCACAGGAUCGCAGCUAGUCGCAGACAGAAAAAUGUGAUUUGCAGUUUGAUGAUGUAGAACUUUACAGAGUAAUGCCGUUUUAAUUAUAAAUAUAUAACAAAAGUCGAACGCGCGCAGUCAAAAACUGAUCAAAAUGACCGAUCAAGAUACAAAUAAUAAUGCUCUUCCAUUACGGGACAGUCUAGUGAAAACGGCAGUACAGUUUCUACAAAAUCCCAAAGUGUCAUCAAGUCCAUUAAUGCAAAAGCAAGAAUUUCUUAAGAGAAAAGGCUUGACAGAUGAAGAGAUUAAAACAGCUUUCAAGCUAGCAUCUGUUGACAAUACGAUCGAUUGCAAUGCUUUUCAAAAUCAGAAUCCGUAUACUGCUAUACAAAUGUCGCAAGGACCUAUCUAUCCAUAUCAUCCGACAAAUAUUUACCAAUUGACACUUUUGCAAAAAGUCAAAGAUAUCUUUAAUGUGACUGCAUUUAUUGGCGCAACAGCAUACUUUGUUUAUUGGCUUUAUAAGAAGUUUAUAGAACCCUUUUUAUUUGGUCGAAAAAAGAAGAACACUGUAGAAGACAGGAUAACUGAAUUAGAUAAGACUGUUCAAGAUUCCAUGAAAGAAAUGAAAACUUCAAUUUUGAAGAUGGAAAGUGAGGUGCAAAAACUGACUCAACAUCAAGCAUUGGAUCCUACUAUUCCACAAUUGGUGCAUGAAUUAAAACAGGAUUUGUCUAGUCUAAAAGCUUUACUUUUAUCAAGGAAACAAUUUCCUAGUGCCCCUGCUUCUAUUCCACCAUGGCAGUUGGAUACAACAAAUGUAAGUCAAGAAAAGGCAACUGAACGAGAGGAUGAUGCUGGAAGUGGAAGUAGUACCAAUAAUUCAGAUAGUUCUUUGGAAAUGAUCCGAGAAGACCCGCCCAAAGAAUAAAUUUAGGAAUUUCGUAUAUCGUAUAAUCAGAUAUAAUGAUGUUUUAUAUGUACGGUAUACUCUGCAUAAUAUGUUGAAACGGAUAAUGGUUUUUCAAUAUUAUACUGUAUUCAAAAUAUGUUAUUUUUGAUCAAUCAAAAGGUAUCUGUUUUCAAUCUGUUGUCAAAAAUAGAUACCUUUUUUUAUUUAAAAUCAAAGAUGUGUUAUUUUUAUACAAAUAGAAUUAUAUAGGAUUUUUAAUAAAAACGGUUCAGGAUUAAAAAGAA